UGUUGUCAGACUCCGUCUCCCACCCCACGCUGAGCCCAGCUGCACCCCUGGGAGCCCAGUCGUUUGCCCCGAGCACAAGGAAUGGAUUUCUGAGGGAGCAGCUGGAACAGCAGGUCCCCGGGAGUCAGCAUGCUUCGUGUCUGGGCCACCCCUUGGAUCCUGCUGAUGCUCCAGGGUGCCUGGGGCUGCUCGGACCUCGUCUGCUACACAGAUUACCUCCAGACGGUCACCUGCAUCCUGGAGACACGGACCCCCCACCCCGGCACGCUCAUCCUCACCUGGCAAGACCUGUACGGAGAGCUGGAGGACGAGGUCACCUCCUGCAGCCUCCGCCCGUCCACCCACAAUGCCACGCACGCCGAGUACACGUGCCACAUGGAGGUGUUCCACUUCAUGGCCGACGAUGUUUUCACCGUCAACACGACAGACCAGUCCGGCAACCACUCCCAGGAGUGUGGCAGCUUUGUCCUGGCGAAGAGCAUCAAGCCAUCUCCCCCUUUCAACGUGACCGUGACCUUCUCGGGACGUUAUAACAUCUCCUGGAGCUCCAACUACGAUUCCUACGCACUCAAGGGCAAGCUCCAGUAUGAGCUGCGGUACCGGAGGCGAGGAGAACCCCGGGCUCUGAGUCCAGGGAGAAAGCUGAUCUCGGUGGACUCGAGCAGUGUCUCCCUCCUUCCCUUGGAGUUCCAAGAAGACUCGAGCUACGAGCUGCAGGUGCGGGCAGGGCCCCAGCCCGGGUCCUCCUAUGAGGGGACCUGGAGUGAAUGGAGUGACCCAGUCAUCUUUCAGACCCAGCCAGAAGAGAGAAAAGGAGGCUGGCGCACUGACCUGCUGUAUCUCCUCCUGAUCCUCGUGCCUCCCAUCCUUGUCUUCUUAGGCCUGAAGAUCCACCUGCCUUGGAGGCUGUGGAAGAAGGUGUGGGUGCAGGUGCCCAGCCCAGAGAAGUUCUUCCAGCCCCUGUACAUGGGCCACAGCGGAGACUUCAAGAAAUGGGUGGGCUCGCCCGUCACUGCCUCCAGCCUGGAGCUGGGACCCUGGAGCCCAGGGGCGUCCUCGUCCCUGGAGGUGCACAGCUGCUGCCCACCGCAGAGUGCCACCAAGGGGCUGCAGCCCACGUCGCUGCCGGAGCUGGCAGACCUGGUGGAAGCCGACGGGGUGCCCGAGCCAGGGUCCUGGGGCCCAGCGCCCUCCAUGGCCAGUAGCUUGGGCUGUUCAGUUUACAGCCAGGAGAGGGACCGGCCGUACGGCCUGGUAUCCAUCGACACGGUCACCGUGGUGGACGCAGAGGGGACAUGUGCCUGGCCCUGCACCUGUGGGGAUGACGGCUACCCAGCUCUGAACCUGGAUGCCAAUCUGGAGCCUGGCCCCAGCACUGAGGACCCGCUCUUGGGCACAGGUGCCACAGUCCUGUCCUGUGGCUGCGUCUCGGCCGGAGGCCCUGCUGGGCUGGGUGGCCCCCUGGGCAGCCUCCUCGACAGGCUAAAGCUGCCCCUUGAAGAUGAGGCAGGUUGGGUCCCGGGGCCGCCCUGGGGUGGCGGGCCACCCCAAGAGGUGUCUGACAGCGAGGCGGGCUCGCCCCCAGCCGGCCUGGACAUGGACACGUUUGACAGCGGCUUCGCAGGCUCUGACUGCGGCAGCCCUGUGGAGUGUGACUUUGCCAGCCCCAGGGAUGAAGGGCCCCCCCGGAGCUACCUCCGCCAGUGGGUGAUCAUGGCCCCUUCUCCUGCGGGACCCGGAUCCCAGGCCAGCUAGUGAGCCGGCUGUG